CACGCGGCUACGUCAUUCCAGGAGACCCAAGCAGCCCAGAAAACGAGGAAGAAGAGUCAGAACCGAAGGGAAGCGAUGUCUCCGGCUGCAUGGUGGAGCUCCAGGGAAGCAUGGUAGCCGAGUACCCUGUGCACGAUGUCUAGCAGUGAGAAGAAGGACGACGAUUUUGCUUACGAGUCUUCGGUCCACGGUGAAAACCUUCUGCUUCGCCUGAACAGCCAGCGGGAGCAGGGCCUGCUCUGUGAUGUGACCGUCCUGGUGGAGGACCAGAGGUUCAGAGCACAUCGCUCCGUGCUCGCCGCCUCCAGCGAUUAUUUCCUAUCGCGCGUCGUGCCGCCGAGCAAUGGCGAGUUGAUCAUAACCCUGCCUGAAGAGGUGACCGUGAAAGGCUUUGUUCCGCUCCUUCAGUUUGCCUACACCUCGAAACUUCUGGUCAACAAAGAUAAUUUAUUGGAAAUCAGAAAGUGUGCCAAGUUCCUGGAGGUGCACGACAUUGAAGAAACCUGUUUCGAGUUCCUUCAGUUAAAAUUCUCGGACCAUAAAACCGAAAGCUCAGAGUGUCCCAGAAAGAAAUGUUGUAAGUCCUUCUGUCCGAAGGCGAGUAAUCAACGUCAAGCAGAUGAAACCCAGAGAGUGGUUGUACAUGAAGUGGAGGAUAUCUGGAGGGAGGACUUUUCUCAGAACCUCAAAUGUCCAUCGGAGAUCGAAAAUUUAUCCCCAUCCCCGGAAAGUCCAAAACAGCCAUGUGAAACGUUCUGCUUUGCCAGAGAGAAUGCUUCCAACUUCUCCUCUCUCUGCCCCAAAUACAGGAAGUUUCAGAAGGCUUGUAGAAGUGGCAGGGUCCGGUCCGUCAGCACCUGUUCCAGCAACCAAGAAGCUCAGAGUCCAUCACCAGCACCCUCCAGUGAGCUAUCAGAGGGUAACAGUCAGCCAAAAUCUCAGGUGGAGGACCUACCGGUAGGUAAGCCUGACGUGGGACUGAGUGCUCUACCUCCGCCGGACACUUAUGUCAUUUAUAAGAACCUCAUGCGCAGCGAGGACAAAAUUGCCCCUCCUGCCGUCUUCCCUCCGUGUUUUCCUUUACUACCUGGGCUUCCAGACUUCAGUUCUGUGCCUUUUCCAUGUGCUUAUCAGCCAUACAGGAACGUCAACUACAUCGACCCACCUAACAGCUCCAGUCCAGCAGGUCUACCAGAUAGGGGCAGCAAUGAAGCUAGCAACAGUCGGCCGCCUGAUUUACCAAAAACAGACCCAGAGAUGUCUCCCGCCACGGAGCCGCAACUCAUUCAAGAGCGUAGUAACGUGGAGAGGGAAGUGGCAGAACAUCUGGCGAAAGGUUUUUGGACCGAUGUCUACCGCACUGAAUUUUCAGGUCAACAAGAAAUGGAUUUGGUGACUCCAAAGCAACUGCAGGAAGUGGGCACAGUGGACAAAAGGGCUGAAUGUCCAUGGCUUGCCAUUUCCAUUUCCAACGAGACCCCUGAACGGACCUUCACCACUCUCAAUCCGGUCUCAUGCCCCUUUAUCAACACCAUUAGUAAUGAAGAUUGUGCCACCAGUCCGAGCAGGAACAGCGAGAGCAUGGGGUCGACGCCAGAAAAGUGCCCAUAUGUGUGUCCCAUAAACUUGGAGGAAGAAUCUGAAACGGACAGCGAGGAAGACAGCGGGGGAUCUUUUUCUGCCAAAGAGCUGGAGUGUGAGCAAAAACUGCCAUUCAACGCACAGAAAAUAAUUUCACUCUCACGAUACGACUUCCAGUCCCUGGUAAAAAUGCACAAUCUGACCUCGGAGCAGUUGGACUUUAUCCACGACAUACGCCGACGGAGCAAGAACAGGAUCGCUGCUCAGCGCUGCCGGAAGAGAAAGCUGGACUGCAUCCAAAACCUGGAGACGGAGAUCCAGAAGCUGCUAAAUGAAAAGCGGCAUUUGCUGAAGGAGAGGGACCAAAUUUUGUCCACACUGGGAGAAACCAAGCAGAACCUGUCCGGUCUGUGUCACCAGGUCUGUCGAGAAGCGUCUCUGAGCCGAGAGCAGAUCCAAGUCCUGUCAAAAUAUUCCAGUUCUGAGUGUCCCCUGUCCUUCCUGGCUCCGGAAGGGGGGAAGCUGCUGCUCCAGUGUGAAGCCGUAUUACAAGAAUUGGCAGGAGGGCUGUUAAACAAUGUGGAGUCUUCCCACCCGCAAGUGAAAGAGGGCUGCAGCAUACAGAGUCCGGGCCAGGUACCAGCUUUACCCCGGCAGUCCAGCGCUCAAGGGGGCAUCGCUGAUACUUGCCGGCAGGUGACUGCUAAAUGCACUACUGAUGAACAAAUGUAGGAUUACUUCUAUUCGGAGGGGAUUUUACUUUUUAACACAAAGCAAUAUUUUAUUUUCCAUUUUUAAUUUUUUUUUCCAUCUUGAAGAAAGCAAAAAACAACAACAAAAAAACACCUACCACCAUCCAAAGUUCAAAGAGAUCUAAAUGUUUGGUCUCCUUUUUUGAAAAAGAUUUUUUUCAGAGUACUCAUGUCUGUAAUGUCGGUAAUGUCACCCUACUUUAUUGUUUUGGAAGAAGAGGCAGCCGAAUAUAUAUUAUAUGAUUAUUACUUGUAAUUUUGUAUAUUGUGUGCCAGUGUAACGUCUCCGGGACUCCCAACCAGGUCAGUAGCACUCCAAACAUUUCUAUUUCCUCCAUAGAAGAACUGCCAUGCACUUCAAAACAUUGUGCCCAUGCUCUUAUUUUUUGGUAAUGUUAUGCAUCCUAUUAUUGCAGUGAGAGAGUGUUUCCAUGUAAGGGCUGAGCCCCUUUCAAGACCGAGGGAAAUGAUAAGUCUGGCUUCCUGCAGCCCCCUCGAGUGAGCUCCUGUGUUCCCCCUAGUGGUAACUGCAGGCAGUCUGGAUUUGUCCAGACAGUAUUUUAAAUUUUUAACAUUUAUUAUUUUUUUAAGGGUCAGAAUGGUAAAAAAAAAUUAAAAUAAAUUAAGUGAUACAUCACCAGUCCCUUGCCAGUGCUUCCCAGAUCCCCUCUGGUCUCUACUUCUUGUUCCCUCUCAACAGCAGAACUACUUCCGAACAUCAGAUUAGCGGGGGCGAUAGUCAGACCCCAAAGAUCUGCUAUUGAUGUCAUCCAUAUCAAAUUACUGGAAACCCCCUUUUAAAGAGGUUAUGCAGUGCUGUGUUGAUGACUUGUCCUCAGGAUAGGUCGUCAAUAUCGGAUCAAUGGGGUCCGACUCCCAGGACUGCCGACGAUCAGCUCUAUGAAGGGGUCAUGAUGAUCUUCACU